AUGCAAACUACAGUAGUCGAUGAGAGUAGUCUGAAUAUUCCAAUAACUAUUCUAGUCGAACCUCAUAAUCCAAAUAAAGUUAGUUUGUAAAGGGGCGUGGCCUAAAUAUGCAACUGCCGCGCACAGUUUUUGCGUUCUCAAAACAACUUUGGUUAACAUUUUCGAGAAUCUCAAAAAAAACUGUGUGCAUAUUUAGACCACGCCCACUCCUACAGUACUCAAUAUUUCCAGCCAAGACCAAUCUCUCGCAACUCAUCAAAUGGUGGAAAUCUCACACCAAUUGAAAAUUCCGAUGGUCUUGUGACGAAAGAUCUCGAGCCGAUUACGGUAGUCGAGAAAGAGAGUACUGUAGGUGGUGACGUGGAUUGCCCAUUCAAAAUUCAUGGUUGUCAUAAGAGAGGUGGAGAGAUGGAUGUGAAGAGACAUGUGAGAGAUGACAGGUGAGAUAGGGGGCGGAGCCUAAUUGCCGCACGGAAAAAUGGGCGGGGCUUGUUAUUUCCCUGAAAUUUUCGGAAACAAAAAUCAAAUAUCAAAAAGCAGGAAUUCGUAA